AGGUGUGCCAUUGUGCUUUUUUAAUGGACUUUGGAAACAGAGCAGAAGAACAAUUCCUUCAAAUUGAAUAGAAAUCAAGGGAGGAGGAGAACCAUUUUGGAGGGUUCAAUUCGCACUCUUUCUCUCUUCUGCAUUAAGGGGCGUCUUUGUUGAGAAAUUUUUGUUUAACAACCAUGAAUGAAGACCAACGCUCACUCCUCCUCAGCUCCUCAUCUCGCUUCCCACCUCCACAAGGAGUGAAGCUGUCAUAUGGAACGGCUGGGUUCAGAGCGGAUGCCUCGAUUCUUCAAUCCACGGUUUACAGGGUGGGAAUUUUAGCAGCUCUUAGAGCAGUCAAGACCCAAUCAGUGAUUGGGCUGAUGAUCACGGCCUCUCACAACAAAGUCUCUGAUAAUGGAAUCAAAGUUGCUGACCCUAGUGGUGGAAUGCUUUCUCAAGAUUGGGAGCCCUUUGCGGAUACACUUGCCAGUGCCCGUGAUCCCCAACAACUUGUUCAGUUGAUUACUGAAUUUGUGGAAAAUGAAAAAAUCACACUUGAUGGAGCUAAGUCGGUGGAGAUAUUACUGGCAAGAGAUACAAGGCCCAGUGGUGAAUCUCUGCUUGAAGCUGCUAAACAGGGAAUCAGUUCCAUUAUUGGAGCAGUUGCCCUUGACAUGGGAAUUUUAACAACCCCGACACUCCAUUGGAUGGUUCGUGCUAGAAAUAAGGGUGCCAAAGCAUCGGAAAUGGAUUACUUUGAGCAGCUGUCCAGCUCAUUCAGGUGCUUGGUUGAUCUGAUUCCUAGUGGAUCUAACACCAGAAAUGAGGCAGACAAGUUGGUUGUAGAUGGGGCUAAUGGUGUUGGCGGAGAAAAACUCGAAAUCUUGAAGAAGAUGUUGAGUGGUUUGGUUAUUGAUGUUCGGAACUCUGGAAAACAAGGAGGUGUACUCAAUGAAGGAGUUGGUGCUGAUUAUGUGCAGAAAGAGAAGGUUGCUCCGUCUGGUUUUGGUUCACAAGAUGUUGGGAUAAGGUGUUGUAGCUUGGAUGGUGAUGCUGAUCGACUUGUAUAUUUUAUUGUGGCAUCUACAAGUAGUAGUAAGAUCGAACUUGUUGAUGGCGACAAGAUAUUAUCGUUGUUUGCUGUAUUCAUCAAGGAGCAAUUAAGCAUCUUGAAUAAGAAAAGAGAUGUUAAUGUGAAUGAUGGUUAUCAAUGCUGUCUUGGUAUUGUGCAAACGGCCUAUGCAAAUGGCGCAUCCACAGAUUAUCUUAAACAGUUAGGCCUGGAAGUCAUUUUCACUCCUACAGGUGUGAAGUACCUGCAUGAGAAAGCAGCACAGUAUGAUAUUGGAAUAUAUUUUGAGGCAAAUGGCCAUGGCACCAUCUUGUUCUCAGAACAAUUCUUAUGUUGGUUAGAGGCCAAGAUUACUGAGUUUUCUGAUGUAGCUAAAGGUUCGGAACCACAUAAGGCAGCUAUGAGACUCUUGGCGGUCACAAAAUUGAUUAACCAGGCUGUUGGAGAUGCUUUGAGUGGGAUGCUCUUGGUUGAGGCCAUUUUACAACAUAUGGGAUGGUCAAUAGAGAAAUGGAAUGAGCUUUAUCAUGAUCUACCAAGUAGGCAGCUUAAGGUCAAAGUUGUAGACAGAACUGCUGUUGUCACAGCAAAUGCAGAAACUGUGGUUGCGAAGCCCCCUGGCAUUCAAGAAGCUAUUAACGCUGAAACUGCCAAGUACCCUAGAGGCCGGUGUUUUAUACGACCAUCGGGAACAGAAGAUGUUAUACGUGUAUAUGCAGAGGCUUCCACAGAGAAUGCAGCGGACAGCUUAGCCAGUUCUGUGGCAAAACUUGUAGACCAAAAACUUGGAUCUGGCACCUCAUGAUGAUCAAUCCAACUUGUCUUUCCUUUCAAAUCGAAGCUGGCAAAUUUAACAUAUAGAUGAGAAUUAGGCUUAGUGCCGAUUGAAUAACACAGACUAAGACAGAACUUCGUGGACAUAGAAAUUGUGUGGUUAUGUUCAAUUCUAUAUGAAAUUGAUUUUGGAUUGGAAUAGAUUCGAUUCAAUUUCACCA